GUGCUACUGGGCGGGUUAACAUCCAUUACGCCACCAUUUUUAAAAUAUUGAUUAUAUAUUCAGGUGUUCUAAUCUCAGUUCUUAAACCCUGUCACCUUGGCAGUAAGACAUUUAGAAAUUUAUUUCAUAGAUAUAUGUAGAUAGAGUAUUGCUUAUUCGUUCUUCUGACUCCCUAUCCACUACCUCAUUGACCUGGCCACGGUUUCAUUUGGUGAAUUUUCGGUUUCUUAAUUGUAUCUGGCCAACUAGUUUAUGCAUAGAUUAGCAUUUUGAGUUUGUUUUGUUUCGCCGCUUUGGCCCAAAAACCGUGGCAAGGUUUUUGAACUUGAAAAGUGUCCAAAUCGAGAUGCUGCGACAUACAUAUUAAUGCACAGAGACGACACUUUCACUCUCCACCAGACACUCUAUAGACACACAGAUUAUCUAAUCCGCUAUUUGAAUUUAAACCGAUUUAAAGCAGCAUAUAUAGCAGGAUAUAGCCGAUGUUGAUCACACUAUUAGGCACUCUGGCCGCUUUUCUCGCAUUCCUAUUGACAUUGAUCUUUGGCCGCGGCCAGAAAAGACUCAAGCCAGUGGAAGUUCAAUCUCCAGUGGCAGCCACAUCGACCCUCACCUCAGCAACAACAUCUAAAGGGAGCAACAACAACAGUCCCAACAAUCACAACUCCAGCGUGAUUGCAGCUACAGCAACAACAACAACAACUGCUACCAAUAAUCCUGCAGGAGCAACUACAGCUGCGGGGGAGAAGAGGACUUUUCCAAAGUCCUGCAUAAAGAAAGUCAAGUUCUCUAGCGAGAGUCUCAAGUCCGACGUAGAGGAGUUGUGCGAGCAGUUGAAGGAGAACGCUCUGAACGAUCGGAGCAACGACAAUAUCCGUAUCACCUGCCAUCAGAACAACAACAACAGCAUAAGCAACAAGAACAAAAACCAAACCAGCAUCGACAACAACAACACUGACAAGAUGAGCGAAACAAACGAAUCAAAUGAAACGCAAACCCAAUCCGCGGAGGGUGAGCGACCCAGCUUUUUGGUGGGCGAUGAGAUUGACGAGAAGGCCGCUGAGGCGGGUGAGGCCUGCGACGAGUUCCCCCAAAAGAUGCAAAGCGAUAUCCGGCAAAAUGGCGAUAUUUCGGAACGACGCAAGCGGCUAAGGCCAAGCAUGUCCCGCGGCACUGGCUUGGGCCAGGACCGGAAUCAGGAUCGAGACUUUCACAUCGGCACCACCGAGGAGUUUGUGAAACGAUUCGGCGGCACCCGCGUCAUCAACCGUGUCCUGAUCGCCAACAACGGCAUUGCGGCCGUCAAGUGCAUGCGUUCCAUCCGCCGCUGGUCCUACGAGAUGUUCAAGAACGAGCGAGCCGUCCGCUUCGUGGUGAUGGUCACUCCCGAGGAUCUGAAGGCCAAUGCGGAGUAUAUUAAGAUGGCUGAUCACUAUGUUCCCGUGCCCGGAGGAUCCAACAACAACAACUAUGCCAAUGUUGAGCUCAUUGUGGACAUUGCACUUCGCACUCAAGUACAGGCUGUGUGGGCCGGCUGGGGUCAUGCCUCUGAGAAUCCCAAGCUGCCGGAGCUGUUGCACAAGGAGGGUCUGGUCUUUCUCGGUCCGCCCGAACGCGCCAUGUGGGCGCUUGGCGAUAAAGUGGCCUCCUCGAUUGUGGCACAAACGGCCGACAUUCCGACCCUGCCCUGGUCCGGUUCCGAGCUGAAGGCCCAGUACAGCGGCAAGAAGAUCAAGAUUUCCAGCGAACUCUUUGCCCGCGGCUGUGUGACCAAUGUGGAGCAGGGUCUGGCCGCAGUCAACAAGAUUGGCUUCCCUGUGAUGAUCAAGGCCUCGGAAGGCGGCGGCGGCAAAGGCAUUCGUCGAGUGGACACGGCCGAGGAGUUCCCCGCCCUUUUCCGUCAGGUGCAGGCCGAGGUUCCCGGCUCACCCAUUUUCGUGAUGAAGCUGGCCAGGGGAGCCCGCCAUUUGGAGGUGCAGCUCCUGGCCGAUCAGUACGGCAACGCCAUCAGUCUGUUUGGUCGUGACUGCUCCAUUCAGCGUCGCCACCAGAAGAUCAUUGAAGAAGCCCCCGCCAUUGUGGCCCAGCCGGAGGUGUUCGAGGACAUGGAGAAGGCCGCCGUGCGUCUGGCCAAGAUGGUCGGCUAUGUGAGCGCUGGAACUGUGGAAUACCUGUACGAUCCCGAAGGACGCUACUUCUUCCUGGAGUUGAACCCCCGUCUGCAGGUGGAGCAUCCCUGUACAGAAAUGGUGGCUGAUGUGAAUCUCCCGGCUUGCCAGCUGCAGAUUGGAAUGGGCAUUCCCCUGUACCGGCUGAAAGAUAUUCGUCUGCUCUACGGAGAAUCGCCCUGGGGCGCUUCCGUCAUCGACUUUGAGAAUCCGCCAAACAAACCUCGUCCUUCUGGCCACGUUAUCGCCGCUCGAAUUACCUCGGAGAACCCCGACGAAGGCUUCAAGCCCAGUUCGGGUACCGUGCAGGAACUGAACUUCCGUUCCAGCAAAAAUGUGUGGGGCUACUUCAGUGUGGCCGCAAGCGGUGGCCUGCAUGAGUUCGCCGACUCCCAGUUCGGUCAUUGCUUCUCCUGGGGCGAGAACCGUCAGCAGGCGCGCGAGAAUCUGGUCAUCGCCCUGAAGGAGCUGUCCAUUCGCGGUGACUUCCGCACAACCGUGGAGUACCUGAUCACCUUGCUGGAGACUAACCGCUUCUUGGACAAUAGUAUCGACACCGCUUGGCUGGAUGCUCUGAUCGCGGAGAGAGUGCAGUCCGAGAAGCCGGACAUCCUGUUGGGCGUCAUGUGCGGCUCCCUGCACAUUGCCGAUCGGCACAUCACCGAGAGCUUUUCAAGCUUCCAAACCUCUCUGGAGAAGGGUCAGAUUCAGGCGGCCAACACGCUGACCAACGUCGUGGACGUGGAACUGAUCAACGACGGCAUCCGGUACAAGGUUCAGGCCGCCAAGAGCGGCGCCAACUCCUACUUCCUGCUGAUGAACGGAUCGUUCAAGGAGAUCGAAGUGCAUCGCCUCUCCGACGGUGGUCUUCUCAUUUCCUUCGAAGGCGCCAGCUACACCACCUACAUGAAGGAGGAGGUCGACCGCUACCGCAUCGUAAUCGGUAACCAGACUUGUGUCUUUGAGAAGGAGAACGAUCCCUCGCUGCUUCGCAGCCCCUCGGCCGGAAAACUGAUCAACUUGAUUGUCGAGGACGGUGCCCACGUGAGCAAGGGCCAGGCCUUCGCCGAAAUCGAGGUGAUGAAGAUGGUGAUGACCCUUACCUCUCAGGAGGCAGGUACGGUGACAUUCGUCCGAAGACCAGGAGCAGUGCUAGACGCUGGAUCUCUACUUGGUCACUUGGAACUGGAUGAUCCUUCGCUGGUAACCAAGGCGCAGCCCUGCAAGGGCCAGUUCCCUCAACCAGAGAACGCCCCGGUCCCGGAGAAGCUAAAUCGAGUCCACAACACAUACAAGAGCAUCUUGGAGAACACCCUGGCCGGUUACUGCCUUCCUGAACCGUUCAACGCCCAGCGCCUGCGCGACAUCAUUGAGAAGUUCAUGCAGAGCUUGAGGGAUCCCUCGCUGCCCCUGCUGGAGCUUCAGGAAGUGAUUGCUUCCAUAUCGGGACGCAUUCCCAUCUCUGUGGAGAAGAAGAUCCGCAAGCUGAUGACCCUCUACGAGCGCAACAUAACCAGUGUUCUGGCCCAAUUUCCCUCCCAGCAGAUCGCCAGCGUCAUCGACAGCCAUGCCGCCACUCUGCAGAAGCGUUCGGACAGGGACGUCUUCUUCCUGACCACUCAGAGCAUUGUGCAGCUGGUUCAGCGCUACCGCAAUGGAAUCCGUGGUCGCAUGAAGGCCGCCGUCCACGAGCUGCUCCGCCAGUACUACGACGUGGAGUCGCAGUUCCAGCACGGUCACUACGACAAGUGCGUGGGAUUGGUGCGCGAGCACAACAAGGACGACAUGCAGACGGUGGUCAACACCAUCUUCUCGCACUCGCAGGUGGCCAAGAAGAACCUGCUGGUCACCCUGCUCAUUGACCACCUCUGGGCCAACGAGCCGGGCCUGACCGACGAGCUGGCCAACACUCUGAGUGAGCUGACGUCCCUGAACCGAGCGGAACACUCCCGGGUAGCUCUGCGCUCCCGCCAGGUGCUCAUCGCCGCCCACCAGCCGGCCUAUGAACUGCGCCACAACCAGAUGGAGUCGAUCUUCUUGUCGGCCGUGGACAUGUACGGCCACGAUUUCCAUCCCGAGAAUCUGCAGCGUCUGAUCCUGUCGGAGACCUCGAUCUUUGACAUUCUGCACGACUUCUUCUACCACUCGAAUCGGGCAGUUUGCAAUGCCGCCCUGGAGGUUUACGUGAGGAGGGCUUACACCUCCUACGAGCUGACUUGCCUGCAGCACUUGGAGCUCUCCGGCGGCCUGCCGCUGGUACACUUCCAGUUCCUACUCCCCACUGCCCACCCCAACAGGCUCUUCUCGCGAAUGUCCUCCCCGGAAGGAUUGGAUCAAGCGGCGGCCGAGACUCUGGGCAGCUCCUUCGUGAGAACUGGAGCCAUAGCCGCCUUCGACUCCUUCGAGCACUUUGAGAUGUACUCGGACGAGAUCCUGGAUCUGCUGGAGGACUUCGUGUCGCCGGCCAUGGUCAACGCCAAAGUUCUGGAGGCUGUGGAGGCAGCAGAUUCCAUCUCGGACAGCCGACACAGCACUUCCAUCAAUGUUUCGCUCUCUGACCCAGUGACCAGAGCCAAUGCCGCCGAAGAGGCCAAGUCCACGGAACCAAUCCACAUUGUCAGCGUGGCCGUCAGAGAGACGGGCGAGCUUGAUGACCUGCAGAUGGCCCAAAUCUUCGGAAACUACUGCCAGGAGCACAACGAGGAGCUGUUCCAGCGACGUAUACGCCGGAUCACGUUUGCUGCUCUGAAGAAACGCCAGUUCCCCAAGUUCUUCACGUACCGCGCAAGGGACAAGUUCGAGGAGGAUCGCAUCUAUAGGCAUUUGGAACCCGCAUCCGCGUUCCACCUGGAGCUGAACCGCAUGAAAACUUACGACCUGGAGGCACUGCCGACGGCCAACCAGAAGAUGCACUUGUAUCUUGGCAAGGCUAAGGUAUCGAAGGGCCAGGAAGUCACCGAUUACCGCUUCUUCAUCCGCUCCAUUAUCCGUCACUCCGACCUGAUCACCAAGGAAGCCUCGUUCGAGUACCUCCAGAACGAGGGUGAACGCGUGCUCUUGGAAGCCAUGGACGAGCUGGAGGUGGCGUUCUCCCACCCGCAUGCCAAGCGCACCGACUGCAACCACAUCUUCCUCAACUUCGUACCCACCGUCAUUAUGGAUCCAGCCAAGAUCGAGGAGUCCGUCACCAAGAUGAUCAUGCGCUACGGACCGCGUCUCUGGAAGUUGCGCGUCCUGCAAGCGGAGCUUAAGAUGGUUAUUCGCCAGUCGCCGCAGUCCCCCACACAGGCUGUGCGACUCUGCAUCGCCAACGAUUCCGGAUACUUCCUGGACAUCUCCAUGUACACGGAGCAAACCGAACCGGAGACAGGAAUCAUCAAGUUCAAGGCCUAUGGCGAGAAGCAGGGAUCCUUGCACGGACAUCCCAUCUCCACGCCAUAUAUGACCAAGGACUUCCUGCAGCAGAAGCGUUUCCAGGCUCAAUCGAAUGGCACCACGUACGUCUAUGACGUUCCGGACAUGUUCCGCCAGAUGACUGAGCGACACUGGAAGGAAUUCUCCAAGGCCCGUCCCACGGUCGACAUCCGUAUUCCGGAUAAGAUUUUGAUCGAGUGCAAAGAGCUGGUCCUUGAGGGCGACAGCCUCGUGGAGAUGCAGCGACUGCCAGGAGAAAACAAUUGUGGUAUGGUGGCUUGGCGCAUAGUGCUAGCUACUCCGGAGUAUCCCAAUGGUCGCGAGAUCAUUGUGAUAGCCAACGACUUGACCUACUUGAUCGGUUCCUUUGGAAUCAAGGAAGAUGUGCUCUUCGCCAAGGCUUCCCAGUUGGCUCGCGAACGUAAAGUGCCUAGGAUCUACAUCUCCGUGAACAGCGGUGCCCGCAUUGGUCUUGCUGAGGAGGUGAAAGCCAUGUUCAAGAUCGCAUGGGAGGAUCCCGAGGAGCCGGACAAGGGCUUCAAGUACCUCUACCUAACCACCGAGGACUACGCCAAGGUGGCCAACCUGAACUCCGUGCGCGCCAUCCUGAUCGAGGACGAGGGCGAGCAGCGCUACAAGAUUACCGACAUCAUUGGCAAGGAUGAUGGCCUUGGCGUGGAGAAUCUGCGCUAUGCCGGUCUGAUUGCCGGCGAGACGUCCCAAGCCUACGAAGAGAUUGUUACCAUUGCCAUGGUCACGUGCCGUACCAUCGGUAUCGGGUCGUACGUGGUGCGUCUGGGACAGCGUGUGAUCCAGAUCGACAACUCGCAUAUUAUACUCACGGGCUACGCUGCUCUUAACAAGCUGCUCGGCCGCAAGGUGUACGCCUCCAACAAUCAGCUCGGUGGCACCCAGAUUAUGUUCAACAACGGUGUGACCCACAAGACCGAGGCCAUCGACCUGGACGGAGUGUACACCAUCCUCGACUGGCUCUCUUACAUUCCCGCCUACAUCGGCUGCGACCUGCCCAUCAUCCUGCCCAGCGAUCGUAUCGAUCGGCCCGUGGACUUCAUGCCCACCAAGUCGCCGUACGAUCCCCGCUGGAUGCUUGCCGGCCGUGUUAACCCGGUGAAUGCCAACGACUGGGAGAACGGAUUCUUCGAUCGGGACUCGUGGAGCGAAAUCAUGGCGCCGUGGGCCAAGACAGUGGUCACCGGUCGCGCCCGUCUGGGCGGAGUUCCCGUGGGUGUGAUUGCCGUGGAGACCCGCACUGUGGAGGUCGAAAUGCCCGCCGAUCCUGCUAAUCUGGACUCGGAAGCCAAGACACUGCAGCAGGCUGGUCAGGUGUGGUACCCGGAUUCCUCGUACAAGACGGCCCAGGCCAUCAAGGACUUUGGUCGUGAGGAACUGCCACUGAUUGUUUUCGCGAACUGGCGUGGCUUCUCCGGCGGCAUGAAGGACAUGUACGAGCAGAUUGUCAAGUUCGGUGCUUACAUCGUUGACGGUCUGCGGGAGUACAAGAAGCCCGUGCUCAUCUACCUGCCACCUAAUGCAGAGUUGCGUGGAGGAGCCUGGGCCGUGCUGGACUCGUUGAUCAACCCGCGCUACAUGGAGACCUACGCCGAUCCGGAGGCCCGAGGAGGUGUCUUGGAACCGGAGGGCAUUGUCGAGAUCAAGUACAAGGAGAAGGAUCUGGUCAAGACGAUACACCGCCUGGACGCCACCACGAUUGGGCUGAAGAAGGAGUUUGACGAGGCGGUAGCAUCGGGAGAUAAGGUCAAGGCUGCCCAGGUCGAUGAGAAGAUUAAGGCUCGCAUCGCGGUAUUGAUGCACGUCUACCACACGGUGGCCGUCCACUUUGCCGACCUGCACGACACUCCGGAGCGCAUGCUGGAGAAGGAGUGCAUCAGUGAGAUUGUGGCGUGGCGUGACUCGCGCCGUUGGCUAUACUGGCGCCUGCGCCGUGUCCUCUUGGAGGACGCUUACAUUAAGAAGAUAUUGCGGGCGCAGGACAACCUGUCCGUGGGCCAGGCGAAGCAGAUGCUGCGACGCUGGCUGGUCGAAGAGAAGGGAGCCUCUGAGUCGUAUCUGUGGGACAAGAACGAAGAGAUGGUGGCCUGGUACGAGGAGCAGAGCAAUGCCGAAUCCAUUGUUUCCCGCAACGUGAAUUCCGUGAGAAGGGAUGCCAUUAUUUCGACCAUUUCCAAAAUGCUCGAGGACUGUCCUGACGUAGCGCUGGACGCUGUGGUGGGUCUUUGCCAAGGUCUGACGCCCGUGAAUCGUGGCGUGGUCGUACGCACACUGGCGCAGAUGCAGCUGAACGAGGAGAGCUCAUCUGGCAACCAGGGAUGAUUCUACGCUAGGUUUUAGGUUCUUUAAGUCGUCACCCUUUCUGUUCACUAUCACACCUUCCCCCACUCCCGCCCCUUCCAUUUUGACACAUUUCUCAGACCGCCUGGCGCCUGUAAAAAUGCGCAAAAGUGCAGCAUAAUGUGCAUUUCGUUUAGUUGAAUUUGUUUAACGUAAUUAGUUUAAAUCUAGUUAUGUAUGUUGGCCGAUUGGAGUUUAAGGCAUGGGUAGGUUGUUGCCCACGUGGCCCCAAUAAUCUAGUUGUAUCGUGUACAUAUUUGAGUAUGUAUAUCCCCCCCCUUGAAUACAAACCAUUCCAUUAGUUGUCUAAGAACUAAAGUCCUUUGUACACAGAGCUUUUUGAAUUAUACGAGUUACUGAAAAUAUACACAUAUAUAUGGUAUCAUAAAAUA